CGCAGCAAAAAUAUUUCCCAGGAUCUGCCCUCGCGCAUUCAAACACUGAUCGCUCCACCAGGAACUAUUUCACAAUAUAGCACUCGCUCUACGCCAUGGUGAAGCAAAGAGGCUGAAGACAACGGCAAUAUCUGAAUUAUUCACCCUUAUUCCAUAUCUGAAGUAUUUUUUGAGCAGAGAGCGAUCAAGAUGCCCGUGAAAGGUGGAGGAAGAGUUGGGUAUCCGAGUAAAAGCGAGAAUGUUAGCUCAGGAAUGGAGGAGAUGGUUUGGGAGCAGUACACUGUGACUCUACAGCGGGAUGCUAAAAUGGGCUUUGGAAUUGCUGUGUCCGGGGGCCGGGACAAUCCUAACGUGGAGAGUGGAGAAACGUCCAUCAUUGUGUCGGACGUGUUGCCAGGGGGACCAGCCGACGGACUGCUCUAUGAGAACGACCGCGUUAUACAUGUCAACAACAUCCCCAUGGAUAAUGUGCCUCAUUCUUUUGCUGUGCAGCAACUACGAAAAUGUGGGAAAGUGGCCAAAAUUACUGUAAAGAGGCCUCGCAAAGUGGCUGCCCUCAAACGCCCCCCGUCCCCGAGUGGGGACAGCCAUGACUAUAACAUAUCCAGCUACUACCCCGAGGACAGUCGCAGUGUUCACAGUGACCCGGACUCAGAAUACCCCCGGGGAAACGGUGGCCUGGGCUACCCCCGUGACCGAGAGCGUGACCGCAGCCUCGACAAAAGCCGGAUAGACUACCUGGAGCCAGAUUACCGUGGAAAGGACUACGACACCCGGCGUGAGCAGAGCAGAGGCAGGAGCACGGGCAGAUCUCCCAGCUCUGACAGUGGCUACCGCAGGGACGGCAGCUGGGGCCGGACGCUAGAGCGUGGAUCCAGUCCGGAGCCCCGCUAUCAGAGGCAGCACAGCAGAGGGCGCGGCGGAGGAGGAAGCCCUGCCGGAAGCUACGGAAAGGACCAGGGAUACGACACGCGGAGGUAUGACUCUCAUUCAGAUGUAAAGAUGAUCAGGAGCCACAGCAGGGACCGACUGCAGGAUCACUCACCGUCACCCAGCAGAGUUAGAGAUAGAGAAAGAGACCGGCAUAACCAUGAGCCCCUGGAACCGCCCAUCAAUGUUAUGCUGGUGAAAAACCGGCCCAAUGAAGAGUAUGGCCUCCGAUUGGGCAGCCAGAUCUUCAUUAAAGAGAUGACCAGCACAGGAUUGGCUUCCAAGGACGGAAAUCUCCAGGAGGGCGAUAUCAUUCUAAAGAUUAAUGGGACGGUCACAGAGAACCUCUCUCUGAGUGAUGCCGGAAAACUGAUUGAGAAAUCAAGGGGCAAACUGCAACUUGUGGUUCAAAGAGACCACAGACAGGUCCUUGUACGCAUUCCUGCCCUGGCUGACAGCGACUCAGAACCCGACGACAUCUCUGAGAUGGAGUCGUACCAUUCCUACUCACCUCAAGAUGACCAAAGGUCACGGCAAUCUGACCUCUCCUCACACUCCUCUAACGAUAUGGCACGAGAGAAUGCCAGGGAGGAUCCUCAAAGCAGACUGGCCAAGACGUUGGUAACGUCCUCUCCUUACAAAACUCCAGAGGAGCCACUACCAGCCCAUGAGGAGAGAGUAGAGCUACAGGAAGAAGAGCCACCACCACUACCACCACCAGCAAUAAAGACGACACCCAAGAUCCUGCUCAGACCCAGCCCAGAGGACGAAGCCAUUUACGGGCCCAACACCGUGAUGGUGAGCUUUCAGAAAGGAGAGAGUGUUGGACUGAGGCUGGCUGGAGGGAAUGAUGUGGGAAUAUUUAUAGCAGGAGUGCAGGAGGGCAGUCCAGCUGAAGAAGAGGGUCUCCGUGUGGGGGAUCAGAUCAUGAAGGUGAAUAACGUUGACUUCCGGGGCACUGUGCGAGAGGAGGCGGUGCUGUUCCUGUUAGAGAUCCCGCGGGGAGAGGUCGUGACCAUUCUGGCACAGAAUAAAACUGAGGUUUAUGAAGAAAUCUUGGUGUCCGGUAGAGGGGACUCAUUUUUCAUCCGCACUCAUUUCGAGUUUGAGAAGGAGCUGCCUCAGGGUCUCGCCUUCUCCCGAGGGGAGAUCUUCAAGGUGGUGGACACCUUAUACGACGGCAAGCUGGGAAACUGGCUGGCCAUCCGCUUGGGGAAAGACAACAAGUUACUGGAGAAGGGCAUCAUUCCCAACAAGAGCAGAGCGGAGCAGAUGGCUAAUGUCCAGAAUGCACAUAAAGGCUCAGGAAGUGACAGGGCAGACUUUUGGAGGCUGCGCGGUCAGAGGGCUGCCAAGAAGAAAGAUCUGCGGAAGAGCCGAGAGGAAAGAUCUGCGGCCGUCUCCACCCGAUUCCCUGCUUACGAGAGGGUGGUGCUUAGAGAAGCUGGAUUCAGAAGGCCAGUGGUGCUGUUUGGACCAAUCGCUGAUGCUGCCAGUGAAAAACUGGCUACAGAGCUCCCAGAUGAGUUUGUAGUUGCCAAAACAGAACCCAAAGAUGCAGGGUCAGAAAAAUCGUCCGGUGUGGUUCGUCUCAACACUAUUCGACAGAUCAUUGAACAGGACAAACACGCCCUCUUAGAUGUAACCCCUAAAGCUGUAGACACCUUGAACUACACGCAGUGGUACCCAAUAGUCAUCAUCUUCAACCCGGACAGCAAGCAUGGCAUUAAGGCAAUGAGACAGCGAGUUAUUCCUAGCUCUAACCGCAGUGCCCGCAAACUCUACGACCAGGCUCUGAAGCUCAGGAAGACAUGCUCUCACCUGUUUACCGCUGUUAUCGAUCUGAACUCUGCUAACGAUGCCUGGUACGGCAGUUUGAAGGAAACCAUACGAGACCAGCAGACCCAAGCUGUGUGGGUCUCAGAGGGGAAGCUGGACGGGACAGAGGGCGAACUUGAUCUCCAUGAUGACCGCAUGUCAUAUCUCUCUGCAAUGAGCGCUGACUAUCUGAGCAUGGACAGCCGGCUGACCAGCGACUACGAAGACACAGCGGAUGAGGGCGGGGCUUACACCGAUUACGAAACGGAUGAACUGCUCGACCUCCAGCGGGUGUCGGCUAUUAGCCGCUCCUCUGAGCCAGUCAUGCCAGAGGAGAUUCUCAGGAAGUCAAGUCCAGAGAUUCGAGGUCGUAUCCGCAGGAUGGGUAGCAGAGAGAUGCUGAGUGAGGCGAGUCCGCCCUUAAUGUCCACCUUCCAGACUGACCCUGCGAAGGUAAAAAUGCUGUCUCAAGGCGAAGUGCCACAAGGACAAUUCGAAGUUUCUCGAAACUACGACUCUCGUUCAAGCAGUCCCGCAAGCAGCGACCACCCCCGCAGCCAGGACUCCCCAGCAAAAACCAAGCCCCCGGCUCCCCUCACACCAAUCAAACCUACCUUCGCAUCCCACAGCCCCAGAGGCCUACUAAACAGCCCCCCAGUACGGGACAAUGAACCCCUAGAGAAGAGCCCUGAUGAUCCAUCUCAGAGAUCAUUCUUGGGCAAGGUGAAGGCCUUCGAGAAGAUGGAUCACUUUGCUCGGGCACAGAGAGUCCUGGAGCUCCAUGAGGCACAGAAUGCCAGGAUGGAAAUUGCUCGGAAACAUCCAGACAUCUAUGCUGUCCCUAUGAAAUCUCAGAAACUGGACCACAACAGGCCACAACCUAUUGGCUCCAGUGCUCAACCAGAGCCAAAGACCCCACCUUGCAAGCUGCCAUACACAGAGAGCCAAAUGCUUGGCCCCAGCGAGGAGCCUGGUGAGGAGUUCAGGCAGCAACUGGCCGAGCAGACAAAGCGUAGCUAUUACACCAACACACAACAGUAUCAGGACACCGAGCUGUAGUUGAUCCGCCUCAGCUCACUGCACAGCUUCACAAUUCCACUGGGGCUGCAACAGCCCUGCACCAAAACUGCUGCUGACUUGGAAGCCCUUUUGCUUUUAAGUUUCCCAUGCGUUAAUCUUUCUGUCCGUGUGGAUAGGAUCUCUUUCUUUUAUUCACAUCCUUUUUUUUAUAUAUAUAUAUUUGCAUCUGUUGUGUUAUCCGUGAGCCAUAUUAUCUUGCCUAUGCAAUUUUUUCAGUUUCUGCAACGCAACUGAAACGUCUUGCCACGAGUCGCUCCAUGAAAACCUUAAACCUUUUGUGUGCUACAAAUGAGCUUUUUGUUACUCUUUUUUUUUUUUAAUAAGCCUGAUGAAGCAAAACGUCUUUUAAAAAGUCACUCUUUAAGGUUUCUACUAUCUUUGCAUUCCUUCAUCUAUGAUCAUGUGUGUAUAUGAUGUAUAAAACAAUACACUGGAUUUUGUUACAAUGUUUUGAAGUGCCUUUUAUUUUAUGAAUAAUGUUGGAGGUUUAAAGGACAUGACAAUCCAGCCCCCUGGACAAUAUUUUGCUGCUUACAGCUCCAAGGAAAAACAGGGAAAAAGUUGACACCAAAACCCUUAAAACCGUACGCCAUUCACCAGUAAUCCUCAAUGUAGCAACAGCAAUGAGAAAUGAAUUGUGUUUCCGAAGGGGCACUUCCCAAAUUUAGGUUUAUGCUGGUAGGUUUGAUUGAUAAAGUGUUUGAAUUGCUGUUGUCACAGUUUGUCUUAUUUCAACCUCACUGCAUUUUAUGUUUUUAACAUGCUUGAUUGUACUGCUUUACCUCCACAUAUUGGUUCAAAGUGCUUCUAAAACUCGUGGAUUAUAUUUUGAUGGCUUCCACUAUGUGUGAGGAUCUCACACUGAGAGAAUAUUAACUGGACGUUCAUGUUCAGGUCUACUUUGGAAUUUUACUCUACUGCACCAAAUAAAAUAAACUAUAUUGA